UGGAUCUGUAGUCCUGUAGUCGCAUCAGCGCACAUCUCACACAGAAGAGCUUCAUAGACCGGCGACAUGUGGAAGAUUGUGGAGCUCGUGGCUUGUUUACUUAUGAUGUCCAGUCAUGUAUCAUCUCAGAACAAGAUCUUUGGGGAGGAACAAGUCCGCAUGACAUCAGAGGGAUCCGACUGCCGCUGUAAGUGCAUCAUGCGGCCUUUGACCCGGGACGCAUGCGCUCGCUUGCGGACAGGAAGUGUGCGCGUGGAAGAUUUUUACACGGUGGAGACGGUGAGUUCCGGAGCCGACUGUAAAUGCUCCUGCACGGCUCCGCCCUCCUCUCUCAACCCCUGCGAGAAUGAAUGGAAGAUGGAAAAACUCAAGAAACAGGCACCAGAGCUGCUCAAGUUGCAGUCCAUGGUGGACCUUCUGGAAGGAACUCUCUUCAGCAUGGACCUUCUUAAAGUUCACUCGUACAUCAACAAGGUGGUGUCUCAGAUGAACAACCUGGAGGAGAUGAUAAAGAUGAACCUCUCUCGGGAGAAUGACUUUGUGAGAGACAGUGUGGCGACUCUGACCAAUCAGCUACGGCAGUACGAGAACCAUUCUGACAUCAUGAUGAGCAUAAAGAAGGAGCUAUCCAAUCUUGGCCUUCAGCUGCUGCAGAAAGACUCCUCCUCCUCAGGCCCUAAAAGCAAAGUACAGGACACACUGGGGACAAAUAUCAAAGAUGCUUCAAAGUUUCCAGCAAAGAAACCAGAAAAAGGGAAACCUCCACCAAAGCCAGUGAAGGAAAAGCUGCCUAAGCCAAAGAAAGAGACCGCAAAACCAAACAAACCCAGUAAACCAGAGCAAACAGACCUGCCCAAUAAAACCAAAUCAUCACAAAACCAGCCAGGACUCAUCCGGGGAAUCACAUAUUACAAAGCCACCAAAACCGACGGGACGGGCAACCAAAACAGAGGUGACGAGAGAACUGAUGAAACGGACACAUUGCUUGAGGUAGAAGUAGAAGAAGAGCAAAGUACCUUAGCUCCCGUCACUUUAGCAACAGAGACUACCCCAACAACCGUACCCACAACAACAUCAACCACUCCUCCCACAACAACAGCAACCCAGAGGACAACAACAACUAGCAGAACAAUAUACAGAGAGGAACGACCGGCCCCAACGAUAGCACUAGUGUUGGACAACACCGGCAAUAACUCAUACAUCGCAGUUAAAGAGCACAGCUGUGAAGGGACGCUGGCGUCAGUUGAGCUGCCGGUGAAACAGCACAGUUAUGGCAGGAACGAGGGCGCGUGGAUGAAGGAUCCCGCCGCCAAGGACUCCAAAAUCUACGUCACCAACUAUUACUACGGCAACAACCUUGUAGAGUUCCGGAACUUGGACAACUUUAAACAGGGCCGUUGGAGUAACCUGUACAAGCUCCCUUAUAACUGGAUCGGAACGGGUCAUGUUGUGUACAGAGGAGGGUUUUACUAUAAUCGUGCCUUCACAAAGAACAUCAUCAAAUACGAUCUCAGGCAACGGUACGUAGCCGCCUGGGCUCAGCUCCAUGACGUCGUUUAUGAAGACACCACACCUUGGAAGUGGAAAGGCCACUCUGAUAUCGACUUCGCCGUGGAUGAGAACGGACUUUGGGUCAUUUACCCUUCUGUUGACGAUGACUACGGACAGGCUGAGGUCAUUGUAGUCAGUAAACUAGAUCCCAAUGACCUGUCGGUCAAAAAGGACACAACGUGGAGGACGAGACUGAGACGAAAUUCAUUCGGGAACUGCUUCAUAAUAUGCGGCGUCCUGUACGCAGUGGACAUUUACAAUCAGAGGGAAGGAGAGGUUUCAUAUGCGUAUGACACGCUCACAGGGGCAGAGGCGUCUCCACGUUUACCAUUCAUUAACGAAUACGGGUUCACCACACAAGUCGAUUACAACCCUAAAGAGAAGAUUCUGUACGCCUGGGACAAUGGACACCAGCUCACCUACAACAUCAACUUUGUAGAGCAGGAAAAGAAAUGAAAUCAGACUUUAUUAAUGCCAUCUACUCUACGCUCCAGCGAAGCAAAAGCCACUUCCUGUAUAUCUGAUCACAACUGCCUCAUUGGUUCCAAUGACAAACGCCCUCAUGGAACAGUUCAUCACGUCCUCAUGAACUUAAUAGACAUUUGUUCGAGAUUAUAUAAGGACAAAGGGAUUACAUAACCACUUAGUAGUUGCGUGCUGCUCUACAGUUCUAGAAUUCACUGCCAGUUCUAGAAUCCUGACAAACGGAAUCUAAAGACCCUUUCACAUGAUUUACGUUAACAUUCCCAAUGCACUGCACUCAAUGGAGUGAGCGUAGUGUUGAGCAUUGUAUCUUUGACCCAUUUUGAAGUGCAACACAUGGUUACCAUACAAUUACACAAAGCUUAACGUUAACCAAUUGAUCCCACAUGCCACUGACUUUUCGAAGUAUGAUUAUUGGACAAUUCGCAUGAUGGUUUUGCUUUUUUGCUACUUAGCAACCCUGAAAAAAAAAAAGAACUUUGCAGGUAAAAGUCACACAUGACGCUUGUCCUUAAAGUGUUAGUUCACCCAAAAAUGACAGUUUUCAAUUACAGCUUGUAGAGCUUUGAAUAUUUUUUUUGUAUCUAUUAAAAAACUUUACAUAAUUUACACUGUCCUAACCAGUCAUGCUGCAAUAAAGUGACAAACAAUUACAAAUUUUACAAACAAAUUUUACUGUAUGCAUACAUGUAAACAAAUUACAUGUAUGCAUACAGUAAAAUUAAAUAAAUUAAAAUUUUUAAUGAAUACAAGUAUAAUAAUGAAUAAAAAAAUAAUUUUUAUGUAAGUAAUGCAAGUUUUUAACUAGGAAAAAAUGCAGAAAAUAAAUCUUUUUUCAUGGAUUGUAUCUUUAAUACUAAUGUAUUUUGUCUUGUCACUCACAAAUUUCUACCUGUUUUUAGUAUAAAUAAGUUAAAAACAAGUAGAAAUUAAAUCUGCCAGUGCAGUAAGAAAACACACAUUUAUGUUUAGAAUAUAAUCUGUUACUUCCCAAGUAAAAUUAUCUUGUUUAAAGGAUUUUUAUAUAUUUUAACAGGUAAAUAAAAAGCGUUUAUUAAGAAUAUAAGAUUUCGAGCAGCAGACGACGCCUACCAUGGCAUCUCAUUGAUCCAAAAUCCUGCUCACACAAUUUUGUUUACACUGCGGACAAAUGUCUCGCAUCGCUCCUGGUUGGGACACGUGUAAACCAUUAAGGUAAGAGUUUCGUGACAUGCUCCUCUUUACUAUAAAUAAAGCUUACAUGUCAUGUCAACUAUACCAACAACAUAACGCAACCACCAAUCUUUCAUGUACCUAUAAUGAUAUUUUAUAAACAUAACAAGCAUUCAAGACACACCUGCAGGAAAAUUGGUGUCUGUUUUCACAUCAAGAAUGUGCCAGAAAAUUGUCUUCCAGUGCUUCGGCCAAUAUAGCCUCAGUGGACUAGUAAAGCAUGACAUCAUAAUGGAGAAAGAAUGCUUUGUGUGCUAAUGAGAGCGUAUGAUUAUGUUUGAGUCUCUCUAAUGACUAUAGAAUGUUUAUAACAAACAGACAGGUUGUGUGAGGAAAGCCUGUGUGAUGCAUGGGUACGGAUACAUACGUCAUGUAUAAACAGUUUAACAGUGUGUAGAAUGUUGUUGUUGUGAUUUUAAAGUGGUUUCUUGUCCUUGUGGUCACUGUAAAUAGCAGAAUAUUUUGUUUUGAUUGAGUUUUAGAAACACAAUCUUCCCAAGAGGAAGAGAUUGACUCUGUCAAUGCAGCAUGUCUGAUUUUAAUUAACUCUAAUUGGAUUUUGUUAAAUGUGCAGUUGGUGUUGUGAAAUAUAUUCCUAAACAUAUUAAAAAGACUGCUGGGAUGGAAGUGGGAGCAGUUUCUGGUUUGUGAGAGUGUGUGGUAAUGAAAGCCAUUAAAAUUGAAAUUGACCCUA